GAGUAAACGACAAACCUAUACACCGUUACAACACUGAAUUACUGAAUGACAUCCUCUCCACACUUACCUACAGGGGUCUUAAUUACUUCCAUCGAUGAAAGCAAACUUGCACGUGCAGUCGCGGGUUUGCGCGUCAUAACCUUUACAAUUACCAUACGCGGCAAACACGUGCUCCACAUCAUUGUGACACCCAAAACUUCCAAUACCUUACCUCUUCCCUUCUUUUCUGUUCUGCUCUCGUAUGAAUCGCAGCUUCAUCCGACUCUUCAGCCUUCCAAGUACUUCUGGAGUCUCGCGAUCAUACCGGCCAGUCUCAACAAUGUGUCCCAGUCGCCCAACCCGCAGCGCAAAGUCGCGGGCGGCAACCAAGAUAUCUUCCGCCACCAUUGAGAAAUCCAGGGUCGAGGAGACUGACGUUGACGUCAAGAAGGGUACCCGAGCCAAGGGUGGUGUCAAGAAGACGGAGGUGGUCGAGGGGAAGGUUGUUGUCAAGAAAGUCGCUGCGAGGGAGCGCAAAGGCAAAGUCCAAGAGGAAGAAAACGAUGACAAUGCUGAAAACAUCGAGAACAAGGACUCUGUCCAAGAAGAAGCGAAAAAGCCGGCUCCCAAGAAGCGCAAGACCAAGGCUUCUGAAGAGGAUGCCACUCCCUUGGCAACCAGGACACCAGUUGAGUCGAUGAAGAGGAAGCUCUACAUUGGAGCCCAUGUUAGCAGUGCUGGAGGCGUCCAAAACUCCAUCACCAACGCCCUGCACAUCGGCGCCAACGCCUUCGCCGUCUUCCUCAAAUCCCAACGUAAAUGGGUAUCACCGCCCCUCGACCGCUCCGCCGCCGCCGAUUUCUCCCGCCUUGCCUCUCUCCAUGGCUACUCCCCCUCCUUACACGUUCUCCCCCACGGCUCCUACCUCGUCAACCUCGCCCAGGUCGACAAAGCCAAAGCUGACCAAGCCUACGGCAACUUUGUCGACGACCUGCAACGCUGCGCCACAUUGGGAAUCAAGCUGUACAACUUCCACCCCGGUUCGACGGGCGGGGAGCCCAUCGAAGAAGCGUGCGCGCGUAUUGCAAGCCAGUUGAACCGGGCGCAUAAGGAGAAAGGGACGGGAGAGGUGGUGACAGUUAUUGAGAACAUGUGCGGCUCCGGCAACGUGAUCGGCUCCCGCUUUGAGGAUCUGAAGAUGAUCAUUGAUGGGGUGGAGGAUAAGAGCCGCGUGGGCGUGUGUAUUGAUACAUGCCAUGCCUUUGCGGCGGGACACGACUUGCGCACGCCAGAGGCUUUCGAAAAAACCAUGAAGCGAUUUGACGAGAUUGUCGGUCUGAAGUAUCUCAAGGCGUUCCAUUUGAACGAUAGCAAAGCCCCCUUUGGCUCGUGCAGAGACCUACACGCCAAUAUCGGCACAGGAUUCCUGGGGCUGAGAGCGUUUCAUAACCUGAUGAACUACGAGGCAGUGCAGGGGUUGCCGAUGGUGCUGGAGACGCCGAUAGAGGAGAAGGGGGCGGAUGGGAAGAUGGUGGAGAAUAAGCAGAUAUGGGCGGAUGAGAUCAAGUUGUUGGAGAGCUUGGUGGGGAUGGAUGCAGAGAGCGAGGAUUUUAAAAAGAUGGAGGAGGAGUUGCAAAAAAGGGGGGCGAGUGAGAGGGCCAAGAUCCAAGAGCAGGUGGAUAAGAAGGCUGAGAAAGAUGCGAAGAAAGGGGCUGGGAAGGGAAAGAAGGGGGCCGCGGCUGCGGGAGGGUCGAUAUCGAGCUUCUUUAAGAGAAAGGUAAAGGAGGAGAGUGAGGGGGAGGAUCACGAGUAAGACUCGAGGGAUGAUCAAAGGCAUUCAAGCAUAGACGGAGUGUCUGAAUUAUUUUGUCAUGAUCUAUCGUAUACCGACAAUGAACAGACACUAUUUAGCUACGGAGUUGGGGGUAUGGUGCUUUGAAGCUUGUAUAUAUAGCGUUGCAUAGACAGAUGCCACCCUCAAAGGGGGAAUGGAAAAGUAAUUGUACGUCCACAAUAGUAAGAAAAUCAACAUCCCG